AUGGGUGAACCGGUCGUCAACGGCGAGAAGCACUACUCUCAAUUCAUCGAUCAUCUCACCUCCUACCCUAUCGUCUCAGACUCUAUUGCCUACUACAAGGGAAAUCCCUACGGAGCCAAGUCCCUCGAAUUCGCCGACCAAGGCUACACCCGUCUCGCUAAGCCCGUUCUGCCAUACUUCUCCACUCCUUACAGCUAUGUCGCACCCUACAUCGCCCGUGCCGAUUCUCUCGGCGACAAGGGUCUGACUGAGAUUGACACCCGUUUCCCUAUCAUCAAGGAGGAUACUGAGAAACUGCGCGGCUCCAUCUACAACAGUGCCUCCCUGCCCGUCCGCGUCGUCGGGGAUGUCAAGCACCAUGUCUAUGAUAUCUAUGGCUCCGAGUACAAGAAAUGCGGCGGUGAUGGUGUCUUCGCAUCCGGCAAGGCUGUUGUCACUACCAGUUUGGUCCUGUCGCAAGAGUCACUAGCUUGGGUCAGCGCUUUCCUGCAGACCAGGAAGGAAGAAGCGAAUGAGGUUGUCAAUGCAAAGAAUAGCCAUUGA